AUGGCCGAAGGAUUCCUUACCUCAUCAGGCCGUGGAGGAAAGCCAGUAUCAUCUGAAGAUUUGGGUAAUGCAUAUUUUGAAAAUUUGGUUUGGAGUGGUUUCUUUCAAGACGUCGAGUUGGAUGCCUUCGGUGCUAUUCACAGAUGCAAGAUGCACGAUUUGGUGCAUGAUCUUGCAACCAGCCUUCUACAUCGUGAUGAGUUUAUGACUGUGAUGCUUGGAGAGAAGGAGGAAAAUAUCUCAAAGGUUCAUCGUGUACGGCUCCAAUCUGGUGAGGGAACUUCAGCAUCUCUUGAUCCGCUUACUAAUGCCACAAAAUUGCGCACAGUCCCCGACUCAGUCACUCGUAUCACCAACUUAAGGACGCUGGACUUGUACAACUGUAGUAGACUGGAGGCCUUACCUAGAGAGCUAGGAUCAUUGACAAGAUUAAGGCAUCUUCAUUUGAAGAAUAGUCGGGUCCAAGUUUUACCACCAUCAUGCAUCGACAAACUCUGCAAUCUGGAGCUGGUGACUUUGGGAGAACAUUGUGAGCUUCCAAAGGAAAUUAACAACUGGACGAAGCUCCGAAUCUUUAGGUACGACAGUUACGAUAAUAGAAAUAGAAUGCCUAAAGGUGUAGAUAGACUUACUGGCCUUGAAAAACUGGAUUACAUUGUUGAAAAUGGAAGUCCCAACAGUGGUAGUGGUGUCGAUGAUUUAGCAGACUUAAAUGCUCUUCAAGAUUUACUCAUAGUGAAAGUUGAGAACGUGAGGGGAGGAAAAGAAGGCGCCGAGACAGCAAGGCUAAAGGACAAGCAGCACCUUCGCUCUUUGCGUCUAUCUUGGCUUCCCAUUAGUGUAGAAGAAGAGAAGGAAGAGGAAGAAAAAACGCAAUACAGAAGCGUGGAUGAUACCUUGGUGUUGGAGGGUCUGCAGCCUCCCCCAGGUUUGUUACAUAUGGAUUCUCCGCUUCCAGCAUUGGGCAUGCUCCCAUCUCUUGGGGUUUUGAUGCUUGGUGAUAUGAGAUCAGUGAAGCGUCUCGAAUGGGUUGCUCCUCCUUCUUCUUCUUCUUCUUCUUCUUCUUGUUUCCCUUCACUUCUACGAUUGGAGGUCAGAGGUUGCAAGAAGUUGAGAAAGUCACCAAUAACUUUGAUGGCUUCUCUUGAAGAAUUGUUUUUGCAUGAUAUCAACGAUGAUAUGGUAAACUCUUUGGUCAAGGAAGGAGGAGUAAGAAGUCUGACAGGACAUGCUUCUCUUGAAGAAUUGUUUUUGCAUGAUGAUAUCAGAGGAGUAAGAGGUCUGACAGGACAUAUUAUUAUACUUGAAUCUCCGGACUUAUUUUAUUUACCACCAGUGGGCGAACUAGUGCAACACAGCGCACAUCGUCUUAGCAUUUGCGGAUGCUCUAAUUUCCGAGGUUUCCGCAAUGAUGAGGUACUAAACAGCAGCAACAACAACACUUCUUUGAGAUGGCUGACUUUAGCGCUUUGCCCCGUCUUGACGGCUUUACCAGAUUUGCGACCGUUCACUACUCUCCGAAAAUUGUCUAUUCACCGAUGCAAAGAGCUAAGCAAGGAGUCGGUUCCCUAUGAUCUUAAGGAAUCUCUCUCAUUUGUUGAAGAAUUCGAUGUUGAUUUUCUUGAAGAAAAAACGACUCGGUUUUUGAGGCAUGUUGUUGCUGGUGUGCGGAAAUUAUCUUCUCUUUUGCAGUCGUCUUUGCACGUGGUUAUUCGUUCUCAUCUUUUUCAUUCUCCUCUGGUUUGGUACUCGGUGGCUUCUGAUGUUAUGAAAUAUUGA